AUGAAGUUGUUCAGCAAUCUGCGAGGACCACGCAUCUGCUCAAAAGAGAAGCGGCGCAUGCAUCCGACAGAGGAAAGCCAGAUCGGGUCACAGGAAACGCUGUCGACUUGCCCGGCAGAAUCUGGCGUAUCCUCUGACGGCCAUUGCCGGCACGAUGAGCGGAAGAGCGCGGCCAGCGAGGCAGGAGUUAUACCCAGAGCCUUGGCCCGACAUCCUAGCACCGGCAGCAACGACAGCACGGGGAGCCGGAGACCCGCGGCACGAUUGAUAAUGAAUCACAUGAAGUCCGUACGGGAGACUCUGCCUACGUUGAAGCCAGGCACGGUCGUGACCACAAAGAGUGCACGGGUCAACAUGUUGGUCGUUCGUAACCCCAAGAAGUGGUCAGAGGGGGACGUGGACGGCGGCGUGGGCAAACCUGGGAUAAUAUCUGCCAUCGAUGUAGUCGCAGGGGACUGCACGGUUUAUUGGUACGAGUCUGGGCAGGUCAACAACUGCAGCAUCGGCAGGAAGGGCGUGCUCUGCAAGCCGUGCGGCGCCAUCCCGAGGUCGCUUGGAGGGGACGACGGAUUGGCGAACGUUGGCAUGGUUCACUCCGCCAUGGAGGCAAUGAGGACUCUGUUCGGGGGCCGCGCAGCCGUUUACUCGACACAUCUCGCCGUUUGA